GAGGGAGAGAGAAUCCCAAGCAGCUGUCAGUACAAAGCCUGGGGCUCGAUCCCACAAACCGGGAGAUCAUGACCUGAGCAGAAAGCAAGAGUCCCACACUGAACAGACUGGGUCAGGCACCCCAACACACUGGUGUAUUUUCAACGUGCUUGGUCCCCGACCCGGCGGUACCCGUCAUUCUCCCAGGUGCUAGCGAGGCCGCCUGGAUUCCCGCGAAUGCCCACACCUGCCCCGGGCGCAUGCGCGGCGCCGGCGGGGAGAGCGCGGAUCUCCGCCUCCCGGCUCUGGUUUCCGCCCGGUCGGGGGCGCGCGGGACCAGCUUCCGGCCGGCGGUGCGGCGCGCGCAGACGGUUUCCGGCCGGCCGGGGGUGUCGCGGGAGCAUGGGGAAAGUGAGGGGGCUGCGGGCCCGGGUGCACCAGGCGGCGGUGAGGCCCGCGGGGCCGGUGGCGCCCGGCCCCGCGCCCCCGGCCCGGGAGGCGGCCCCCGCGCAGGCUUCGGCCGGCGGAGUCGGGGCGAAGGAAUGGGCUUUCAUGAACACUGAUGUUUUUGCCGGGACCAAGAUAGACCCCAGUGCCUUGGUGCAGAAGCUGAACCCAGACACAAGGAGCGUUGCUUCCAUCAGGAGAGGUGCGGACGCCCGGGCCAUUUUGCCCAAGAAGGAGAAACUGAAGCUGAGGCGUGAGAGGUGGCUGCAGAGUGCUGAACUGCCCAUGACGGAUUGGUGUGGGGCUUCUGAUGUUUUGCCAGAGAAUAUGAGGUUUCUGGUAGAUAAUCUCCUGCCAAAUUAGAGAAUGUCCUUCCGUUCAUGGCUGUAUUAUAACUUUUACGCGAUGGUGGCCUUUCUGUUGAAGCAGACCGCUGCAGACCCCCUGGCAGACGUCCCUGCGUCGAAUCACCCUUGUGCGCCUCGGACACGCUCCAGCUAGUUAACACGUGUUACUAAUUUAAAGCACUUCCGCUUGGAUUUGCUAACGUCUGCGCAGCCGUGUGUAGGUGUCUUCCCCGGAGCCUCGGGCCUGUGCCCUGCUGCCCUCGGUCCCGGCACCGGUCUGUCAGCACGCCCGCCCUGGCCUUUGCAGCCGUCCUAGGAUGUUUGCCUCCCAGAGAAGCGGCGCCUGGUUAGAUGGGACCUCAGUAAAUUGUUUAUCCUCUCCCUGGCAGGAUGGGAAGUACCGACCUGUCCCCUUGUGAUCCUGACGGUCCGGAGCGUUGAGGGGCGGCCAUCCUUGUCCCCCGGAGCCCAGCUCUUCGGGGCAGGGAGAGCAGCCUCACUCCCCAGGGCCCCCUGGGCUCUCUGGGACCCCGGUUGGGGGCAGCUUGCGUGUCUCUGACUUUGGAGCAGGCGGGGUGGGCUCUUCAGAGCUGGCCCCGGACAGCCGAGGGACUUUGGGGUGCGAGGCGCUGCCCUGGUGCCGUGGGCUCGGAGGGGGCCGGCUCCUGUGUCUGUGGACGGAGCCUCCCUUAGUGCUUGUCCCUGGCAGGAGGGUGCUUGCAGUUUCUAGAAACGACUUCUGUGCAGAGGCUUCCUGGGGCCCCACUAUAUCAACUCCCCUACAUGGGGACGCACUUCCUCCCUCCUGGUCCCGAGAGGCACUUGGAGAGCACAGGAGAUGUGGCCCUGCCGUAGGUGACUCACUGUUUAAAUCCUUGUCCGUUUGCCCGCUUCUGACCGCACAUCCCUGCUCCUGCCCCCAAAAGGCACAGGCCGCCGUGCUAGUGUCCCUUUUCAGAAGGAGAAGGCCUCCGUGCCUGCAGCUCAGUCUCGUCAUUCUGCCAUCAGGAAUUGUGCCUCUGUGACGGGGUGCCGGCCUGCCCCCGGGCUCCCGGGGUGCCGGCAGGAAGGAAGCUGCCCAGCCUUCAUUCUCUGCUUCUCUCACUGACCUCACGUCUCCUCUU